AUGGCUUCUAGUAGUCGGCAAGGACUGGUGGAAGAGGAGGAUGGAUACAAUAUAUGGCUUGAUGAAGAAUCGGAGGCUGUUUUGGAUUAUGACACUAAUGACCAAACUGAGAAAGACUAUGACGACCGAUGGUGCCUUGUAGGAAGGUUUUUAACAGAGAGGUCAAUCGAUUUUGAUGCUAUGCAACAUCUAUUGGCCUCGUUAUGGAAACCGGGAAAAGGUAUGUUUGUUAAGGAAUUAGAUACAAAUCGUUAUUUGUUUCAAUUUUAUCACGAAAUUGACAUCAAAAGCGUAAUUGAUCGGAGUCCAUGGACUUUCAAUAAGUUUCUUCUGGUGUUUACAAGAUUGAAGCCUGGAGAGAAUCCCAGAUUGGUAGCUCUGAAUGAGGUGGAUUUUUGGGUACAACUGCAUGACUUACGGUCGGGGUUUCGAACAGCUACAGUGGCUAAAGAUGUAGCGAACUACAUUGGCAAAUUUGUGGAAUCUGAUGAGAAAAAUUUCUUGGGCCUUUGGAGGGACUUUCUUCGAGUACGAGUCACUAUAGAUGUCAAUAAGCCUCUCAAAAGACGUAUGAGGCUUCGGAAUACUGCUGGGGUCGAGUUUUGGACGAAUUUCAAAUAUGAACAUCUCCCUAUUUUUUGUUUCAUAUGUGGGAUUAUGGGACACUCUGAAAAUUUCUGCCCACGACGUUUUGAUAUAACAACCGAAUCAUUGGUUAAACCUUAUGGGGAUUGGAUGAGAGUCAAACCAAAACGUACCAGCCAUAUGAUUGGCAAGAAAUGGCUGAAACAAUUCAGAGUGGUUAUGGAGGAAUGCCAGACGGAUUCAGACCAGCCGAGCUCAGAUCAUGCUUCCAGAACAGCUCCGGUGGGACAAUUAAUGUCGUAUCCUCAUCCUACUCAAGCAGCUGUGAUGAAGGAGAAAAUCGUGGGACACGAAUCAAGUAAUAAAGAGGCAGCUAAUAGACAGAAGGGUGUAUCAACAAUUGAAGUAAUAGGAGAGUUGACUGGCACUAAUUGUGGGGAAAAUAAGGACAUUAAUGUUGAGGAAGAUUGCCUUAUGGUUAUUGAUUCAAAAAGGCGUAGAACUGAGAUGGGCAGUGGUGUAAUUUCUGAAGACACUUUAGAAGGAAAGAAUAAGGCCCAAGUUCAAAUGGAUUCAAAAAAUGUGGAUUUGGUGGGCUCUGGUUUCCAGGCCCACCUACCAUUAUGA